AUGCAUUUUGCUGCUGCUGCUGUGGAGCUGUUUGUGGAGAGUUCCCUCCUGCUCAUCCCCCGGUCCCUCACACUCGCCCCAAUCCCCUGUGCUCGUCCCUGGUCCCUCACGCUCGAUCCCGGUCCCUCCUGCUCGUCCCCCGGUCCCUCGCACUCACCCCAAUCCCCUGUGCUCAUCCCUGGUCCCUCCUGCUCGUCCCCCGGUCCCUCGCACUCACCCCAAUCCCCUGUGCUCAUCCCUGGUCCCUCCUGCUCGUCCCCCGGUCCCUCGCACUCACCCCAAUCCCCUGUGCUCAUCCCUGGUCCCUCCUGCUCGUCCCCCGGUCCCUCGCACUCACCCCAAUCCCCUGUGCUCAUCCCUGGUCCCUCCUGCUCGUCCCCCGGUCCCUCGCACUCACCCCAAUCCCCUGUGCUCAUCCCUGGUCCCUCCUGCUCGUCCCCCGGUCCCUCGCACUCACCCCAAUCCCCUGUGCUCAUCCCUGGUCCCUCCUGCUCGUCCCCCGGUCCCUCGCACUCACCCCAAUCCCCUGUGCUCAUCCCUGGAGGGUUUCGGGACGCGGAGCUGGCUGUUUUCCCGCGUGGCUGGAAGGGGCCGGCGGCCGCGUUCGGGCCGGGCACGCGCGUGCGCGCAGCUGCCGGCGUCUCUGGGCCGCCGCGGCACCCAAGCUGA